AUGGGACCAGCGGUCGUUAUUACAUUCUGCUUUGGAUUUCUACAACUCGGAACUGCCUUAGGAUCCAGUGUGGAAGGACGCUUGCAUUUUCCAGAGCUCGGAGCCACUAGGGGUCAUACCGUCGAAGAGUAUGACGUCAUCACAGAGGACGGCUACAUUCUGCGGUUGUUCCGCAUACGGGGCGCGAGGAAGCGGCCGAUACUUCUCAUGCACGGCCUGUUGGACUCUUCGGACACGUGGACGGUCAGGGGUAACGCUUCGCUGGCGGCCACCCUCGCCGCAGAGGGCCACGACGUGUGGCUGGGCAACUGCAGGGGCAAUAGGUACGCGCGCCGCCACAUCUACUUGGAUCCCGAAGCGGGCGACGGCUUCUGGGACUACUCGUUCCACGAGCACGGCUUCUACGACCUGUCCGCCAUAAUCGACUCGGUGCUCAGCCUGACCGGCGCCGACAGGCUCGACGCCGUCGGCCACUCGCAGGGCGCGACCAUCUUCUACGUGCUGGGCUCCACGCGGCCGGAGUACAACCGGAGAGUGAACCUGCUAGUCGCGUUGGGGCCUGUCUGCUACCUGCAGAACGUGGGGCCGCCGCUGAAAACUCUCAUCCGGCACUCGACGCUGAUCUACGAGAUGGCGACGUCGCUCCAGUGGCAGGAGGUCUUCGGGGAGUCCGGAUGGCCCGCGACCCUAAAGUCGCUCUGCCUCACGCCCCUGAUAGGUUACACCAUGUGCGUUUCGAGCGCCUUGUUCCUUAUCACCGGGCGCGACGAGGAUGAACUGGAGACUGGCAUCGUGCCAGCGCUGAUCGAACGCUUUCCGAUGGCGACGUCCGCCAAGAACCUCUACCAUUUCGCGCAGGUCGGCCACAGGAGGGCGUUCGCCCGUUUCGACCACGGCCCCGAGGGAAACCUCGAGAGCUACGGUGACCAAACUCCGCCGGCCUACGACCUGGACUCGGUCACGAUGCGGGUCGCGCUGUUCGCAGGCGGGAACGACGGGCUGUCGACGCUGGAGGACGUCGCGAUAUUGAGGAACCGUCUGCCGAAUGUGGUGCAGCACACGAUAAUGCCGCACAGGAUGAUGAACCACGCCGACUUCGUGUGGGGCCGCCAUAUGGACGAGUACCUAUUUCCUUACAUCCUCGACGUCUUGCAAACGUACGGGGAACAAGAAUAUCCUGAUAAUUUUGAG